CUGACGAAGAAACUUUUUCUGGUAAAAAAUUUUUUCUCCAAAAUCCCAAUUAAGAAAUCUCCUCAGGUCUAGUCUAUUUUUUUUUUUAACUACAUAUAUUCCUUGUGCCCGUGACCCAAGUGUUAAAGUUGACGGCAAAUGUUAAUAAUCCGUUAGGACCAAUACAUGUAAUUUUUACUCACGUUACUUUAGGGAUUACAUGUAAGCAACUCCAAUACAUCAAGGACUAUUUUGACCCAAUUCCGGUGAAGGUUAAGUUAGUGGAGGAAGCUCAACAAUGGCGUGGAGGCAAAUUCUGUUUUCCAACACAACUAGAUUGCUCUCAUCAUCUUCAAACUCUGUCCCAUCUGGGUUCGCUAGCUUUUGUUCCAAAUCCAAUCCUUAUUUAGUGAAGGUGGGGAUUCCAGAGUUCUUGAAUGGAGUAGGGAAGGGGGUAGAGACCCACGUUGAAAAGCUUGAAUCGGAGAUUGGAGAUUUCUCGAAGCUUCUUGUUACUCGCACUCUUAAGCUCAAGAAACUUGGCAUCCCUUGUAAACAUAGGAAGCUGAUACUGAAGUACACCCACAAAUAUAGGCUGGGACUCUGGAGGCCUAGAGCUGAGCCUGUGAAAGCUUAAUUCAUUUAUUUUGUUGGUGGUACUUUUCAUGAAGGAAAAAAUUCUGCUAUGAUGCUCAUGUUUUGUACUUAAGGCAAUGUCAUAGGGGCAGCCAGCUGCAUCAGGGGAUUUUUGCCUCUGUUUGGAACUAUUUAAUUAGUAAAGUGAGAAUUAGGAAUUUGCACUGUACGCAUACAUCAAUAACGAAUACCCUCUUUAUGUUCCUUCCA